GAGGGCGAGGACGCUCUGCUGGAGGGCCUCGCGGCCGCGGGCCAGCAAGCGGGGUCGCAGGUUGCGGGCGCAGCGACGACGGACGCUCUCGGCGUGCCAGCACUCGCGCUGAGCCGGGCCAGCUUCGGCGCCGAGCGGGAGCGGUCGUUGCUGGGCGGCAGCGGGCCGCAGGGAAAGGCCGGGCGGCAGCCUGCAUCGCGGGCGCGCGGGCAGCUGAAGGAGGGACACUUCGCGCACCAUCGGCGCCUCUUCCUGGUCGAGCCGACCUCCGAGGAACGUUGGCGCCGCCCAGACGGGAACGCCGAGAUGGCGCAGGCGGGCCGCCAGGACGCCCGCGGGGCGCCUCUGUUCCAGAUCCGCGCAACGCCGCAGCACGCGAGGAGUUGCCGCGAGCUGGCGGCGCUGCAGAUGCUGCACGACGUGGGGGAGAUCCAGGAGUUCCUGAUGGAACGGCCGUUCUGCGUGGAGGCCCUGCUCAUCCUUGCCGACGUCUGUCGUGGGGCCGGCGAGCACCAGCAGGCGUUCUCGCUGACGCGCCGGGCGGUGUACGCCGUGGAGUGCGGCUUCGGCGCUGGCUUCUCCCCACUGGCCCCAGCAGGAGAGCCGCCUUGGCCUUGCGUGCGCCUGGAGCUCCCCGCGACUGCGGAGCCUGGCUGGCCUGGCUGGCCUUGGCUGUGGGCCCUGUGGGAGUACAUGAUGGCGCUCGCGUCGCAGGGGCUGCACCGAACUGCAACAGAAGUGGGCAAGCUGCUGAUCGCCAUGACGCUUCCACGCGACCCCAUGCACGUACUCAUCCACUUGGAUUUCUUCUGCCUGCGCUCAGGUCAGCACCGGGCGCUGCUCGCGCUGGCCGACGGCUUGCUCGCGCCAUGCGUGGACUUGCCGAGUGGGGGCGGCGGUGGCGGGGCGCGUGGGCUGGGCUGCUCGUUGCCAAACUUCGCGUACUCGGCCGCGCUAGCCGUGAGGCACCUUUCACCCUCGGACUCGGGGGAGGAAGCGCUGCGGCUGCUCGAGGUCGCCCACGUCCUGGGCCCCCUGGCCGCUGAGCCCAGGGCCGCCGCCGCUGGCCCCGCCGAGGAGGGGCCCGGCGCGAACGGGCCUCACGCGAGGCUGGCGCGGGCCAUGCUGCUGUUCCCGCAGGUUCUGCGGCCGCUGCUGGAUGCGCUCGGCGUCAACGUGGAGGCGCCUCCGCCCAGCUCCACUAGCCGCCGGACAUGGAGCGACAUACUGGGCCACCCUCCAUUCGUCAGGGCUGGGCAGAUGACGCGCCACUCUAGGCACUUCUUGGCGCUUGCCCUGCUCGGUGACGCCUGCGCCAGGCGCUUCGCGCCGCUAUGGCGAGACAGCGCGCUGCAGCAGUGGCUUUACGCCUGCGCAUCACGACUAUCACAGAUGGCCGAAUCGUCUCUGUUCGACAGCGAAUUUCGCGCGGCCCAGGAUGCCUGGAGCACUGCUGAUCUCGGUAUCGACGACGCGCUGUCGAACGACUACGGCGACUUCAGCGGCUCGGAGGUCGACCAAAACAGGGCCGUCCCCGGGGCGAUUCGGCGCGCACUUGAGACAGGCUUCGGGCUGGCUGGCGCCGAGGAUGAGCACCGUGCCCUGUAUGCCGUCGCUGCGGCACCAGCGGCUGGCGACCCGCCUGGAGGCGAAGCCGAGUUGCUGGCAGCGCUGCGGGCGUCAGAGUUGGCGGAGGAGGCGCGGCAGCGGCGGCUCCUGGUGGAGGAGCAGGACAGGGAGCUGCAGGAGAGUCUGGCCGCAGACCGCGCGCGGGAUGCUGGCGCCGCGACAGCGGAAGAGACUUCCCUGAGGCAGCUCCUGGACAUGGGCUUCCCAGAAGCCGCUGCCCAGGUGGCGCUCGCUGCCGCGCGCGGCGACGUGAGCGCAGCAGCCGCGGCGCUGAUCGGCUGA